CACACAUACAGACUUCUGCAGGACGACAGAGAGGAAGUGUUUGUGUCCUGACACACAGCUCAUAUCAGAACCACGAGAGGACAACACACUGUCUGUGCGGUAUGGACUAUCUUAACUCCACCCACCACACCACCAACCAAUCAGACUUGAGCAGCGUCUUUACCCGCCAGGUCCUCCCGGUGCUCUACGCUGUGCUCUGUGUGGUGGGCGUGUCCCUGAACAGCGUGGCGGCCUGGAUCUUUUUCCGCGUGUCCAGUGACUCGGGCCUGGUGGUCUACCUGAAGAACAUGGUGGUGGCUGACUUCCUUAUGCUGGUCACGUUCCCCUUCAGGGUGGCAGCUGAGAUGGGCCUCGGUGGGUGGCGCCUUCACGUGGCUGUGUGCCGCUACAGCGCCGUGCUCUUCUACUCCUCCAUGUAUGUGGGAAUCCUCUUCAUUGGCCUCAUCAGCCUCGAGCGCUACGUCAGGAUUGUGCAUCGCUCCUCCUCCUCAUGUGCGUCCAGGAUGGGUGGACCGUCGUUGCAGAACAUCCUGCAGAGCAUCAGCUUUGCCCGGGUUCUGGCGCUGGUCAUCUGGAGCUUCCUCCUUCUCUGCGUCCUGCCCAACGCGGUGCUCACCAGCCGGCCGGCCGACGAGGAGAACGCUCGCCGCUGCAUGCAGCUGAAGACGCCACUGGGUGUCCAGUGGCACCGGGUCUCCACUCUCUUCAGCGUGGCCCUCUUCUGGGUGACGCUGCUGGUCCUCGCUUUCUGUUACACCGCUAUCGCCUGGAGAGUGUACUGCUCCUACCGCCAGGUGCGCCGGGAUGGCAGACAUGUUUGCCGCAAGUCCAACCGCAGCAUCUUCAGCAUCCUGGCCGUGUUCUUUGUGUGCUUUGUGCCAUACCACGUCUGCCGUGUGCCGUACACCCUCAGCCAGAUGCCGGCGUCAGACUUUGGCGAAGCCGCCCGCUUCCUCUUGUUCCAGGUGAAGGAGGGGACACUCUUCCUGGCGGCGUUCAACGUUUGCUUGGACCCAGUCAUCUACUUCCUGAUGUGCCGCACCUUCAGGGAGUCCCUGCUGAGGAAAGUUAUAGGACAGGAGAGGAGACAGAGAUCGCCGAGCGGCGCUCAGAGUCUGAGCAACAUUUAGGAGGAGACUAGGAGAGGAGACAGGAAAGGAAACAAGAACAAGAGGAGCAGCAGAGAUAAAACCAGAAAGGAACCAACAAAGAGAGUGAUGAGGAAACCUGAGAAAGUGAUGAGGAAAGCAAAGGAAGAGAGGAAACAAGAAAGGAGGAGACAAAACAGGAAAGGAAAUAAGGACAAGAGGGUACAGGAGAGGAGAAGAAAUAAGAAAGGAGAUGUAGCAAAAAAAAAUAAAAAAUAAAGAAAUAAAGAGGAUGGAAAGAAGCUGGGGAGAAGAAGAGAAAAAACAGGAGCAAAGAGAAUAGGAAACAAGGA